CGUAUAAAACUGCGGAGCGCGCUCUGGGAAGGCAGAGUCACUCGGGGACUUUCGUACUGAAAGCCUGAAAGAGAAUAUAGUCGAGUCUCAAGUUUAUAAGGAGUGUUGUGAAGGUGGUGUUAUUUGACAGAGGACUCACGAGCAGCGACAAAGUUUUUACUUUUAGAUAUUUAGUUGAUAACUUUCUUUUUAAUAAUAAGAAAAGGAUCCUAAGGGAUUUAGAUUUAAAAAAAGGAAGACGAAUUUAUAAUAAGAAAUCAUGAACAUCGAUGAGUUUCGCGUUCGCGGUAAGGAGAUGGUGGAGUAUAUCUGCGAGUACCUGGCCACCCUGGAGGGUAAACGCGUCACGGCAAACGUCGAUCCUGGAUACUUGAGGCCUCUUCUACCCAACGAAGCACCGGCUAAGCCUGAAUCCUGGGACGCCAUUAUGCGAGACGUCAAUAAUAAAAUAAUGCCAGGAAUUACGCACUGGCAGCAUCCCAGAUUUCAUGCGUACUUCCCAUCCGGUAACUCGUUUCCUUCCAUCCUGGGGGACAUGCUGUCUGACGCAAUUGGUUGCAUAGGCUUCUCCUGGGCAGCGAGUCCAGCCUGCACCGAAUUAGAGACCAUCGUCCUGGAUUGGUUCGGAAAAGCCAUUGAUCUCCCACAGGACUUCCUGGCGGAGAAGAAGAGUUCGAAAGGUGGCGGAGUGAUACAGGGCUCAGCAUCCGAGUGCAUCCUAGUUACAAUGCUGGCAGCCAGGAAUCAGGCGAUCAGGAUGCUGAAGGAGCAGGAUCCAACGACGGAGGAUUCAGCUUUUCUACCGAAAUUAGUGGCCUACUGUUCUACGGAAUCACAUUCCUGUGUUGAGAAGGCAGCCAUGAUAGGACUCGUGAAGUUGCGGGUCCUGGAACCAGAUGAAAAAGGUUCUCUGCGUGGUAACGUUCUGGCAGAAGCUAUCGAGGAAGACGUAGACAACGGUUUAGUGCCUUUCUUCGUAUCAACGACUUUGGGAUCGACGGGAUGCUGCUCCUUCGACAAUCUCGUGGAGAUUGGACCAGCGUGUAAGAAUUAUCCAGGACUGUGGUUGCACGUAGACGGUGCGUAUGCUGGAAAUGCAUUCAUCUGUCCGGAACUGCGUCCUCUGAUGGCUGGAAUCCAAUACGCCGAUUCCUUUAACACAAAUCCGAACAAGUGGCUGCUGGUGAACUUUGACUGUUCCUGUCUCUGGGUCAGGGAUCGCGUUAAGCUUACAUCCGCCCUGGUGGUGGAUCCUCUUUAUCUCCAGCACGCCAAUUCCGACGAGUCCAUUGAUUACAGACACUGGGGUAUACCUCUUAGUAGAAGAUUCAGGGCGCUUAAGCUCUGGUUCGUCAUCAGAUCCUACGGGAUUACCGGCCUUCAGAACUAUAUACGAAAUCAUAUUAAACUUGCCAGGAAAUUUGAAUCUCUUAUGAAGAGCGACAAACGCUUUGAAAUCAUGAACGACGUCAGAGUCGGCUUGGUUUGCUUCCGUCUUAAGGAGACGGAUGAGCUGAACCAGGAACUCUUGGCGAACAUCAACGCCUCGGGGAUGCUGCACAUGAUACCUUCGCGUGUCAAGGGAAAAUAUAUUUUACGUUUUUGUGUCACGAGGGAGAACGCUACGGAAGAUGAUAUAAGUUACGCAUUCGACGUCAUACAGGAACACGCAACGGAAGUUAUGUUGACGCACUUCGAGGGUACCGAGAAGGCGGAAUUCAUGCCGAAGAGUCCCAAGAGUCCGGCACCAUUGGACAAGAGGUUGGUGCGAAAGUUCAGCUUCACCAGAAGUGUAUCCAGGGACGUGUACAAGAGAUCCAUAUCGAAAUCCAGUCUUCACGACGGUGCCACGCCGAUCAUGGUCGUCGAUGAUCACUCUCAGGUCGACACCAUUGAGGAGGAUGUUUUUUGUAACAGUCGGUAGACCACGGCAAAGCUCACGGUACCCAGAAGACGAGAUCAACUGUUAUCGUUACCAUGAGCUAAAGAGUACUUAGUGUAAAGACAAUUAAAUCAAAUAUGCGGAUAUGAUAUGCAUAAUCCGUAUUUGGAUACAAUUCGCUAUGAUCUCAUAGUCAUUAACAAUGCAGUGAAAAGUCCGAGUGUACAUUUAAAUUUUCGAUCGAAAUGACAGGCAAAAGUGAUAUAAAGAAUAGGUAUUUUUGUCAGUA